GAAGGUUGGCAAUCAGCUGACAUUGAUUGUGUUGGUCUUCCUCCCGGGCGGUCACAGGUGAAGGGAGGUGUAGACUGCCCUCAGGUGCCACAGGUAACACUAAUUAACGUGCCCCUGAGACCUGCCUGACCCUGGGAACGUGUACAGGACGAGGAGGUGAAGUAGAGAAGGUCAGCAAGGUCUUAAGAGCAGAUUAGAGGAAGAUGGGAGGAGAGCAAAGCAGAGUGGACGCAGGUGGAGGAGGAGGUGGAGGAGCAUCAUCAUCAACAGCAUCAGGUGGAAGAGGGGUGGAAGGGGGGGUGGAGGGGGCCAGGAGAGGGUCGGACAAUAGGCCUACCUCCACCUCUCCACGCCCCUCCAUUUCCUCCGAUGCGGAUCUUCCUUAUAUCUCCUACACCGUGAACCGACCCAUUGGAGACUCCCCCAAGCACACCUCGAGGGGCCUCCGGGGGCUGCGUGGGGGCGGGGGGUCGCCACGGAGGAGCCGCUACCCGCGCAACACCCACGCCCACACCCGCCCGCAGGAGGUGGUGGUGGUGCGCGAGGCUGCCACCUCCACCACCACUCUGGACCCCGAGCUCGCCAGGCUGCAGUCCAUCCCUACCUUUCUGCCGAUCAUGCGCGGGGCCCUAACUGCGCCCUCUGCACGAGACCCCGAGGUACUGGAGCGCCUGGACAUGGGGGCGAUGAUCGAGCUAUGCCGGCGCUACCAAUGCCACCUACACCUCGCCGCCUCCACCACCACGCAGACCCAGGACGCCAUCGUCACUAGGAUCCGUGAGGUCGAGUCUGGGCUAAGUUCCGCCGUGUCCAGUCUCACGGAGCGGCAGAAGAGCUUCGCUAGGUACGCGGAGAGGCUUGGGCAGGUGAAUGAGAUCAGCCACGCCCUCUCCAGAUGUCACGCGUCGCUGAAUCUGAUCCUGGAGAGCUUGGAUGCCCUCAACACGGCUCUCCCUAUCAAUGAGCGGCUGGAACCUUUUGUCUGGACCACCGGCUGAUGGGAGGAGGAAGGGGAGGAAGAAGGGAAAGGGGAGAUUGGGAAAGAAUAGGGUUGAAGUACUUUAUUCCCUUCUUCUUAUGUCCUUCGUCUGUAUUACUGGCUGAUUGGAUAAGUGAGGAUAAGGGGAGUGGGAGGAAGGGGGAGAGGGAAGAUAAAGAUGGGGAGGGAAUGGGAGGAAGGGGGAGAGGGAAGAUAAAGAUGGGGAGGGAAUGGGACGUGUGAGAAGGGGAAAGGUAGGAAGGAAAGAGGGAAAGGUAAAGAUAAAGAGAGAAUUAGAUGAAUGAAGGGUAGGAUAGGAAGGGGAAGAAUGGAAGAAGGAAGGGAAAGAAAAGAGAAUGGAACGGAUAAUGGGUAAGGGUGAGGGGAGGAAGGAAAGAAGGAAGGUAAAGAUGAGAGAAUGGGAGGGUGAAAGGAAAGGGAAGGAGAGGGUAGGAGUAAAGGGUAGGGAUAGGGAAAAAAAGGAAGAGGAGAGGCAGAGAUUAGGAGAGAACAAAAUCGAAGUACUAUAUUCCGUUCUCUCUAUCUUGGCGAAAUAGUCCCGCCCACGUCGCCUCAGCAUCCACCAAUCACGUGCAGCCUUAGUCAGAGAGGGGGCGUGGCUUGCUGGUGGACUGGCCAAUGAGAACGCUUACUGGGAAAGGGGGAGGAGCUUAUCUGACAGGGUAUAGCGAACAGUGUAGUUAAAAGAGAUGAUAUUAGUGAAAGAAGGAAGGGAAGGAUGAGAGAGAGAGAGAGAGAGAGAGAGAGUUACUGGAUCUAUUCCUGUGUAAAUUGCUGUACAGUGUGUGUGUGUGUGUGUGUGUGUGUGUGUGUGUGUGUGUGUGUGUGAAUAUUUACGUCGCUGUCUUCUGUAUAUUUCGUCUUCUCUGUAAUAAGUGAUAAAUAAAAUAAAGUUAAU